UUCCAGACCUGUGUGCACUGUGUAGCGUGCGAGACCGUGCUCGAUACUGUGGAGUUUUUGUAGGUUAGAGUGUCGGUUUCCGUUAAAAAAUGUAAUAAAAUCAUUCGAGAUGCUUGAAUUAAUGAGGGACUCAGUUGUAAUCCAAGCUUAAGCAAUUCUAUGCCAGAUAACGAAUCGAUAUCUGAUAGACAAUACGAAAACUUGGGUGGAUCCAACCUGGAUUUUCCUGGAGGGAGGAAAAAUAAAUCGUCAAGUCCAUCGCCGGGGUGACUGGCAAAGUUAAGAAGAAUGAAUGCGACUCGCGUGAUGCGUAAGUCGAUACGACUCUGCAAACGUUUCGUGAACACCGAGGCGAAAUGUCGAGACCGACCGCAGUGGGUGAAACCGGUGGGACACCAGACCGAAGUGUCGGUAUAUAAUCCGAUAACGAGAUGCAAAGUGCCACUGAUUCUGAGAACGAAGAACAUUUUGAGGUGGUACAUCUGCGGACCCACGGUGUACGACUCGGCGCACAUUGGACACGCAACCACUUACAUAAAAUCCGACAUUAUUCGUAGAAUUCUGUCAGAUUAUUUUAACAUAGACGUGUUACUAGUUAUGGGUAUAACUGAUAUUGACGACAAGAUAAUAAAUCGUUCCAUCGAGAGCGAAAAGGACUUCAAGGACCUAGCGAGGCAUUUUGAGGCUGAAUUCCUUGCCGACAUGAAUAAGUUGAAUAUUUGCGAGCCAUAUUUACGCUGUAGAGUUACAGACUACGUACCGCAAAUCAUUCAGUUUAUUGAGAGGCUUGUAGCCAAGGACGAUGGUUACAUCACGAAAGACGGAUCUGUUUAUUUUAACACAAGCAAGUUUGAGAGAUACGGUAAAUUAUCAAUUCCACCCAUUGAGCAAGAUCAGCCUGUGGCAGAUAAAAGAUCGGCAUUGGACUUCGCACUAUGGAAAGCGGCGAAGGCUAACGAACCGUCCUGGAAAUCCCCGUGGGGCUACGGCAGACCGGGAUGGCAUAUAGAGUGCAGUGCAAUUGCAAGCGCAGUCUUUGGAAAUUCUGUAGAUAUGCACAGUGGUGGAAUAGAUUUGGUUUUUCCACAUCACGAGAAUGAAGAGGCACAAUCCUGCUGUUAUCACGAUGUCGACCAGUGGGUUAAUUACUGGCUUCACUGUGGCCAUUUGAGCCUGAAAGGAGACGUAAAGAUGUCAAAGAGUUUGAAGAACACCAUAAGCAUACAAGAUUACCUUGAACAUUACUCAGCAAAUCAUCUUAGAAUGCUUUGCCUGCUUUCUCAUUAUCGAAAUGCUAUUGAAUUCUCGGAUGAAGUCAUGCAAACUGCGGUGUCGAUAACCAAGAAGCUUGAUAAUUUCAUAAAUGACUGUGAUAAUUAUGUUGCUGGAAAAUUUAAAGCUGGUGAAAUUGAUGAAAAUCUUUUAUUCACGACUUUACAUGACACAAGAAACCAAGUUUACUCGGCAUUGGCAGAUGAUUUUGACACUUCGAAAGCGAUGCACGCGAUUAUAAAUCUCGUUGGGGUAGGAAAUAAGAUGCUUCAUGAAGAUAAUGUAACAUCUCACAGUAAUAAUGUAAGCGCAGUUGCCGCCGUUUCAAAUUAUCUUUCGAACAUUCUCUCGAAGUUUGGCAUUUCACGAUCCACAAAAUCAACAGCAGAAAAUAGACAAGUUGAAGACAUUAUUGAUAAUUUUCUGAGAUUUAGGACGGUCGUCAGAACCCGAGCGCUUGAGCAAAGUCCAAAGGAUACAAUUUUAUUGAAAGAAUGCGAUAAGGCACGAAAGUGUUUAGCCACUUGUGGAAUUAUAGUAAAGGAUCAGCGAAAUGAUACCAGCUGGAGUUGGAAAUAAUAAUUACAUGUUGAACAAAAAUGUACUAAAAUUACAUCCUUUUUAUUUAAUUAUAAACCUCCAGUCAACCUUUC